CUUGUCGACCUCGAUCUCUGUUCUUCUCCAUCCAGUGCUAUCGGCUUCUAGUUCUCUGCUAUUCCUGUAUCAUUUUUCCAUCUUAGACUCGACCGUCAUCAUCUGUCGCGACCUACGUGAAUCCACCCACCCACAAUGGCUGUCGAGACUCUUCCUACAUCGCCCGUACCCAUUGCGGACCUGACAAAGAUUGCCACAGAGGCCUGCGACUCUGCGCUAGGGGCGGCUGAUGGAUAUGAGCACACCCAAGUUGGAGCGUGGAACUCCGAGAUCAUCAACACCAUCCUCAAGGCUCUCAUCACCGCCACAGCCCCCUCUACACCAUCAGCUUCUCCCCCAUACCGCUUCACCGUGAACAGCACCAUCGUGCAACAAGGCCUGAUCGAUAAGUCCUCCGCUGCAGACGGUGCCGCGGCCAACGCCGGAAAGCGAGGCAUGCACUCUGCAUCUGGUGCUUUCUGGGAUGUCAACCGCGACGGAAUGUGGACAUUCAAGUACCCCGGUGCUGAGGAGCGGGGUUUGGACGUCGUCGUGAGUGUAACAUGGUUCGCACUUGGCUGAUUUAUCAUCAUGUAUCAAACUCCGAGGGGGGGGAAAGAAAAAAAAAAAAGGAAGAAAACAAAACCGAAAAAUAUCCCACAGAUUUAUGAAUAGCUUGCAUUUACUGUUUCUGUUUCUGCCUUUUUUUUUUUU